AUGAAGGGCGCCAGGGACAUUUUGGCGGGAAGAAUGGAGGCUGAGGCUCGCGAUUCCGUGGAGAGCGGGGGAGGGGAGCCCGGGGCGAGCGAGCCGGGUCCCGGGGAUCAGGGAGAUACCGGGGGUGCUGAGCCCGGUCCCGCGGCUCAGGGAGAUACCAGGGGGGCCGAGGUUCAGGCCGAUGCCGGGGAGGCCGAGCCCGGUCCCGCGGUUCAGGCCGAUGCCGGGGAGGCCGAGCCCGGUCCCGCCGUUCAGGCCGACGCCGAGGGGAGCGGAGCGGGGCAGCUGCUGCCCGCAGACCUGGACAUAUCGGCCGGCUCCGAGGGAGAGGCCGCGCUUCAGGCUGAGGGGUCGAAGCGGCUGAAACUGUUCUCGGCGGCGAUGGAAACAACCGUGGAGAAGCUUCUGGAAGCGGCCAGCUUUGAUAGGUUCGCUGAGUGCUUUAAACCUGUUUAUAAGGUUCAGCCACAGUUCACGCAUAGUGUCUACAAGCAGCUCAUCUCCCAGCUCCAGACCUCAAUUCAGGAAGAGGUCAAUCAGAUUUCCGAAGACGGACUGUUUGAACGAGCACUCCCUAAGCUGGAUCAGCUGGAGCGAGAAUCUGAAGCACGUUCAGAACCUGCAUGGCGUCCCACAGGCUGCCCAGCUGUGGACUUACAGAAACACCUGGUGCCAUACCUGCUCCAGCAACGUGAUUACCUGCGUCUGAAGCUAAAGAGGGCAAAGGAGGAAAAUGCGGCUCUGGCACAGUCUGUCAUCCAGGGCAGGAACAGGGUCGAAGCUUUAGGACGACUGCGAGAUGAGCGAUGUCAGAGAUGGCAGGAAUGCACUGAACUCUGUCGUCAGUUCCAGUUGGAUGAGCAGUGAGUGAAUGAAGAUGGCCGGAGUUGGAAUGCCAGUGUUGAAACAGAAAUGUUAUUCUAAAUCCUGUCUUCCUGUGCCUUCACUCAUAUCCCUGCCCUGCGACUGUAACAGGUGAACCAACCUGGCUCCAAAUUCCAUUACAGCUUCACUAAAUAAUUAGUGAGGGGAGUGAAGUGUACCAGGGUGGGAAGGGUGAGUCAAUAGUGUAUAUAACAGCAAUGCCUCUGUAUCUAACACUGUGCUGUACCUGUCCUGGGAGUGUUUGAUGGGGACAGUGUAGAGGGAGCUUUACUCUGUAUCUAACUCCGUGCUGUACCUGUCCUGGGAGUGUUUGAUGGGGACAGUU